AUGCGGCGUCUGACUCGCCGCCUGGUGCUGCCGAUCUUCGGGGUUCUCUGGAUCACCGUGCUGCUGUUCUUCUGGGUAACCAAGAAGAAGUUGGAGGUGCCGGCGGGACCUGAAGUGCAGACCCCCAAGAUUUCGGAUGCUGACUGGGAUGACCUGUGGGACCAGUUUGAUGAGCGGCGGUACCUGAAUGCCAAGAAGUGGCGCGUCGGUGAUGAUCCCUAUAAGCUGUAUGCUUUCAACCAGCGGGAGAGCGAGCGGAUUGCCAGCAGCCGGCUGGUCCCAGACACCCGCCUUUUCAGAUGCACCCUGCUGGGGUACUGCACGGACCUCCCUCCCACCAGCAUCAUCAUCACCUUCCACAACGAGGCCCGCUCCACCCUGCUCAGAACCGUCCGCAGCAUAUUAAACCGCACCCCUAUGAAUCUCCUCCAGGAAAUCAUAUUAGUCGAUGACUUCAGCAAUGACCCCGAGGACUGCAGAGAGCUCAUCAAGCUACCCAAGGUGAAAUGCUUACGCAAUAACGAGCGGCAAGGUCUGGUGCGGUCCCGCAUCCGGGGUGCUGAUGCUGCCCAGGGCACCACCCUGACUUUUCUCGACAGCCACUGUGAGGUGAACAGGGACUGGCUCCAGCCCUUGCUGCACAGGGUCAAAGAGGACUACACGCGGGUGGUGUGCCCCGUGAUCGAUAUCAUCCACCUGGACACCUUCAACUACAUCGAGUCGGCCACGGAACUUAGAGGGGGUGAGUUUGACUGGAGCCUCCACUUCCAAUGGGAGCAGCUCAACCAGCGCAGAAGGGCUCGGCGCCUGGACCCCACUGAGCCCAUUAGGACUCCAAUCAUAGCUGGAGGGCUCUUCGUGAUGGACAAAUCCUGGUUCGACUACCUGGGGAAGUAUGACAUGGACAUGGACAUCUGGGGCGGGAGAACUUCGAAAUGUCUAUUUAGGGUGUGGAUGUGCGGGGGCAGCCUCGAGAUCGUCCCCUGCAGCCGAGUGGGCCACGUCUUCCGGAAGAAGCACCCGUAUGUCUUCCCAGAUGGAAAUGCCAACACGUAUAUAAAGAACACCAAGCGGACAGCUGAAGUGUGGAUGGAUGAAUACAAGCAGUACUAUUAUGCUUCCCGGCCGUUCGCCCUGGAGAGACCCUUUGGAAACAUUGAGAGCAGAUUGAACCUGAGGAAGAAACUGCAGUGCGGAGCUUCAAGUGGUACCUGGAGAACGUCUAUCCAGAAACUCAGAGUACCCAAGGAGUCCUCCAUCCAGAAGGGCAGCAUCCGACAGAGGCAGAAGUGCCUCGAGUCUCAAAAGCAGAAAGACCAAGAGAUCUCCAACCUCAAGUUAAGCCCCUGUGUCAAGAUUGAAGACAAGGAAGCAAAGUCCCAGAUCUGGGCCUUCACAUACACCCAGCAGAUCCUGCAGGAGGAACUGUGCCUGUCAGUCGUCACCUUGUUCCCUGGCGCCCCGGUGGUUCUUGUCCUUUGCAAGAAUGGAGAUGACAGACAGCAAUGGACCAAGACUGGUUCCCGCAUCGAGCACGUGGCAUCCCACCUCUGCCUAGACACGGACAUGUUUGGCGAUGGCACUGAGAACGGCAGGGAGAUCGUUGUCAAUCCGUGUGAGUCCUCACUCAUGAGCCAGCACUGGGACCUGGUGAGCUCUUGAAGAUCCGUGUCGGAAACCGGCAGGGGCCGUGGGGUGGCGCUUCCCCGGAUGAGAAUCGGACUGGAAACCAGGCUGCAGGAAGGCCCCAAACUACUGCAGAAGUCCUGAAUGGGGAGGCGAAGGCAGAGCCCCCCAGGACAGGAGCGGCUGUCAGGGAAGAUGCAGGAAGAGAUUGCGAGCCAAGAGCAACUCAGAGACAGACAGAUCCCCGUGUUCUCAAGGCCGUUAAGUUCCAGUCCUGGCUGGGUCUGCCCCUGCACGGUAUCUGGCGGCAGAGAUCUGAUGGGAAGUGUUGAUGUUGUUCCCUGUCUUAACGAAAGAGGCCAGAGAGAACAGCCUUCGUCGUCACUAGGCCAGGACUCGACUGAGAGAUGAAGGGCGGAGGUGCUUUUCAAAACAAUUAAAGGAACCGUGGAAGUUC